AGGGUUGUGCUUCGGUCGUGAGAAAACUAAGAUGGCGUCUCGUCAAGAAAGAUAGGAUGGCUUGAAGAGAGUGAUGAUGUUGGUCGAGGAAAUUAUUGAUAAAGACAUUAAGUGAUAAAGUUUGAGACUUUCGUCCACCAGCAAACAAACCUCCGCGAUCCAGAGCGGAGUUAUAUGGAGAACUGAGGCUGGAAAACGUUCAACUUUUAGCUAGCAGUGUUAGCUAGCCAACUGGACCCGUUUUAUUUCCAGCGUUCAUCACAACAACAGAGGAAGGAGAGCGACCAGCAGCCCUGUCAUUACCCGGGACAUCGAGGUGUCUUCGGGGCAAUGGAAGGGGAAGAGUUUGUUCCUCCUCCGGAGUGUCCAGUGUUUGAGCCGUCAUGGGAGGAGUUUCAGGAUCCUCUGGGCUACAUCGCCAAGAUACGUCCAAUCGCAGAGAAGUCUGGAAUCUGCAAAAUCCGACCUCCACAAGACUGGCAACCUCCGUUCUCAGUGGAGCUGGACACCUUUCGCUUCACACCCCGCAUCCAGAGGCUUAAUGAGCUGGAGGCGGAGACCAGAGUGAAGCUGAAUUAUUUGGACCGCAUCGCCAGGUUCUGGGAGGUCCAGGCGUCCUCGUUGAAAAUCCCUCAUAUUGAAAGACGCAUCCUUGAUCUAUUCGCGCUGUCAAGGAUUGUGACGCAUGAAGGGGGUUUUGAGAUGGUGUGUAAGGAGCGGCGCUGGGCUCGUGUGGCUCAGAGGCUCGGUUACCCUCCGGGGAAGAACAUCGGCUCUCUGCUGCGCUCGCACUUCGAGAGGAUCGUCUACCCCUUCGAGAUGUUCCAGUCUGGCUCCAGCUUGCCGCAUUACAAGCCGAAGCACUACGACGGAGAGGAGGUGGAUAAAGAGUACAAGCCUCACUCCAUCCCGCUGCGACAGUCUGUGCAGCCGUCCAAGAUGAGCAGCUACGGACGCAGAGCUAGCCGCUGCCAGCCCGAUGGUCCAGAGGAUCUGGCCCCCCAUCCUCUCACCACUGGCUCUCAGCUCAUCUCUGCGCCUGAACCCACAGAGGAGGACAUCGAGAAGAACCCAGAGCUGAAGAAGCUGCAGAUCUACGGCGCCGGGCCCAAGAUGAUGGGCCUCGGACUGAUGGCGAGGGAGAAAGGCCUCCGAAAGAAAGACGAGCCGCCUCAAACCAUAAAGGAAAGCGUGUCUCCUGCUCCCGGUGAUACUUCGGUCAAAACAGAGACACUAGAGCCUCAGGAGGAGAAGAAGAGUGACGGGAGCACAUCGAGCCCACAACCCCCUCCUCAGACUGUCCCCGUUAAGGCUGAAGUGAAGACGGAAGAACCAGGAGAGGAAGAGGAGGAGGAGGAAGGAGGAGGGAAAGGGAAGGGGAAAUAUGAGGAAGGAGCCGUAGCAAAAGGACCUUUUCCCAAAAUGAAAAUGAGGCUCCGAGGCAACCUCAACAACCCGCAGUGUGUGGACUCUUUUGUGUGUCGGAUGUGUGGUCGAGGAGACGAUGACGAGAAACUGUUACCGUGUGACGGCUGCGACGAUAACUACCACACCUUCUGCCUGCUGCCCCCCCUCACUGAUCUUCCUAAAGGCAACUGGAAAUGCCCAAAAUGUGUCGCAGAGGAGUGCAAGAAACCUGCAGAAGCAUUCGGCUUUGAACAGGCGACACGAGAGUACACCCUGCAGAGUUUCGGGGAAAUGGCGGACGCCUUCAAAGCAGACUACUUCAACAUGCCUGUCCAUAUGGUUCCCACAGAGCUGGUGGAGAGGGAGUUCUGGAGGCUGGUGAGCAGCAUCGAGGAGGACGUGGUGGUGGAGUACGGAGCGGACAUUCACUCCAAAGAGUUCGGCAGCGGCUUCCCCAUGGACAACGGCAAGAAGACGCUCACAAAGGAAGAGGAGGAGUAUGCUCGCAGCGGCUGGAACCUGAACGUGAUGCCGGUGCUGGAGCAGUCGCUGCUGUGCCACAUCAACGGAGACAUCUCUGGGAUGAAGGUGCCCUGGCUGUACUGCGGGAUGGUGUUCUCUGCCUUCUGCUGGCACAUCGAGGACCACUGGAGCUACUCCAUCAACUACCUGCACUGGGGGGAACCGAAGACGUGGUACGGGGUUCCCUCUGUGGCGGCGGAGCGUCUGGAGGCCGUCAUGAAGAAGCUGACCCCAGAGCUGUUUGAGUAUCAACCUGACCUCCUGCACCAGCUGGUCACCAUCAUGAACCCCAACAUCCUCAUGUCUCACGGCGUACCGGUUGUUCGUACUAACCAGUGUGCGGGAGAGUUCGUCAUCACGUUCCCCAGAGCGUACCACAGCGGCUUCAAUCAGGGAUACAACUUUGCUGAAGCUGUUAACUUCUGCACUGCAGACUGGCUGCCUGCCGGUCGCUCCUGCAUCGAUCACUACCGGCGCCUCCGGAGGUAUUGUGUGUUUUCCCACGAGGAGCUCACCUGUAAAAUGGCCGCCACACCGGAGAAGCUGGACCUGAACCUGGCAGCAGCGACGCACCGCGAAAUGUUCAGCAUCGUCCAGGAGGAGAGGAAGCUGCGCAAGGGACUCAUGGAACGGGGCAUCACUGAAGCAGAGCGUGAGGCGUUUGAGCUUCUGCCCGACGACGAGCGUCAGUGUGAUACAUGUAAAACCACCUGCUUCCUCUCCGCUCUCGCCUGUUCCAACUGUCCCGAGCGCCUCGUGUGUCUCUACCACACUCAGGACCUGUGCAACUGCCCCACGGAAAAACUCUACCUCAGAUACAGAUACACCCUGGACGAGCUGUUAGCCAUGUUACACAGAUUAAAGGUCCGCUCCGAGUCCUUUGACUCCUGGGCCAACAGAGUGAAGGAGGCACUGGAGCAGGAGGAAGGAAACAAGAUAGGAAUUGCUGAUCUGGAGUUACUGAAGACGGAAGCAGCAGAGAGAAAGUUCCCCGACAACGAACUCCUGCGUAAACUCAACACUGUUCUUAAAGACAUCGAGCGCUGCCAGCAGACCAGCACUGACUUCCUCCUCAGUAACUCAGGCAGCAGUGAGAGCAGGAUGACGUUGGCAGAGCUGAAGUCGUUGGUAGAGACCAUGCAGAACCUGCCCUGUGUGAUCAGCCAGCUGGAGCAAGUGCAGGCUGUUCUGCGGACGGUGGAGGAUUUCCAGAGCCAGGCUCAGACUCUGGCCAGCGCCUGGAGGCGGGACUCUCCUCCCGAGGAGCUUCAGUCUCUGCUGGAGAGAGGAGCCACGCUGCCUGUCCUGGUCCCCGAGUGUGAGAACCUGGAGGGCCUGAAGGAGCAGGGAGUGUGGCUGGAUGAGGUGAGGCGCACCCUGGGCACAGAGGGCGGGGAGAGGCAGGAGGUGAUGCUGGACGUGUUGAGGACCCUGAUGGAGGCGGGCUGCAACGUGUCACAAAGCGUUUCUGUGGAGACGGCCAUGGCGGAGCUGCAGGAGCUGCUCACCAUCGCAGAGCGCUGGGAGGAGAAGGCUCAGAUCUGCCUGGAGCAAAGGCAAAAGCACCCUCUCUCCACCCUGGAGGCGAUAGUGAACGAGGCUCAGCUGAUUCCUGUGAAGCUGCCGAACAUCCUGGCUCUGCAGGGCUGCCUCACUCGAGCCCAGGCCUGGGUCACAGACCUGGAGGAGAUCCAGAAUGGAGAGCAUUACCCGUGCCUGGACGACCUGGAGGGCCUGGUGGCCAUCGGGAGGGACCUGCCCGUCUACAUGGAGGAGCUGCGUCAGCUGGAGCUGCAGGUGGCCUCCGCUCACUCCUGGAGAGAGAAGGCCACCAAGACCUUCCUGAAGAAGAGCAGCCAGCACAGCCUGCUGGAGGUGUUGUGUCCGUGUGCAAAGAGGCGAGAGAGGCGGGACGAGAUGGAUCAGCUGGACGAGCCUUUAGAGGAUUCUGACUCCAACACACUGGGCCUCUCUGCUCACGACCUGAGGGACCCUGCAGCUAUUGUGAUGGCGUUCAAAGAGGGCGAGCAGCAGGAGAAGGAGGCGCUGCUGAGGCUACAGAAAGGGAACAUGUGUAAAUCUGGACUAAACUCGGCGGGGGGGAGCAGCAACAGCAGCAGCGGCUCGGAGGAGAAGGAGAAUGGGAGGUGGGACAUGGACAACGCCAUGGAGACGGACAUAUCCAGCCACUCGGAGAACUCUUUAUCAGAGAACGGGAACCACACACACACUCCUCAGGCGGUGUGUGUGUGCUCCGCUCAGCCUCGGGCUCCUCAGCUGCGAUGCCACCUCUGUAAGGACUGGUUCCACGGGGGCUGCGUCUCCUUCCCCUCCCUGUUCCCCUCCUCCGGGCCCCAGGAGAGCGCCCUCUGCUGGUGGGACUGGGACUCGCGCUUCUUGUGUCCGCGGUGCCAGAGGUCGCGGCGGCCCCGUCUGGAGACCAUCCUGGCGCUGCUGGUGGCGCUGCAGAGGCUGCCGGUGCGCCUGCCGGAGGGAGAGGCCCUGCAGUGCCUCACCGAGAGGACCAUCACCUGGCAGGGCCGCGCUAAAGAGGCCCUGGAGACCCCCGAGCUGCAGGGGGCCCUUCAGAGGCUGCAGGAACUCAAAGAGACUCUGCGUCAGGAGGCAGAGAGGGACAACGGAGAGAAGGUGAGGAGCUCUGUGAUCGUUUUAUCAGACUCUGAGGGAGGCGAGGGAGAGGAGGGAGUCAUCGAUCUGACCGACGAGAACUCGCCCAAGAAGAAAAGCAAGGAGAGCAACGGUGUUCCGGCUGGAUGUGAAAAUGGCAUCAACAAGAAGUUAAAUGUUACAGGUGUGGGCUCUCUGCUGGCCCUGCUGCCCCUGCUGAAGGGGGGGGUGGUGGAGCUGCUCCCUGCCUCCAGAGAGCAGCUGGAGGAUCUGCAGCUAGAGGGAGACCUGCUGGAGGUUUCUCUGGAUCAGAGCCUCACCAUCCACAGGGUCCUGCAGGCCGCCUCCAGCCCCCCCACAGACACACUGCGCACGCUCAUACAGAUUGAGCUGGAGGAGCAGAGGCGAUCGAGCCGAGGCCGAGCGAAGGACUCAAAGAGGAAGAGGAAGAGUCACAGAGGAGGAAGUGGAGAAGGAGCCGGGGGGCGGUCACUGGAUUCUUCAGAGUCAAAGAAAACCUGCCCCCUCAAACACAGCUCCCCCCCUCAGUUACCUGUCUACACCAAACCAGAGAUUUUGUGAUAAAGUCACGGCUGGAGCUCUGUUUAAAGGAUCGUCGGAGGAAGUGUCAGAAAGAUGCCGGACAUCCCCCCCCCCUCUCUCAC